CAUCGCUGCGGAGACACGUCGGCUGGCAAGACCAGUUGCAGUUUUGGCAUAUGACGGCCGUCGACUGGUCGCCGCCGGCUGCUGCUGUGUAUGCCAGCUGGCCAGCCGACUCCGCCUGCCACUGUCGCCACCUGUGCCUGGUGGACCGCGGCUGCGCCGCCGCCGAGCUGGUGCCGGCCGGCGGCGGGCUCCACUGCCGGCUGGCCUCGCGCCGCGGCGGCAGCACCGCCGCCUCUACCGCGCUGGCCGCCUUCGUCAGGAACGGCCGCGCCGCGCUCGGCGAGCACUGCCUGAGUGCCGACGAGUGCUGGCGGGGCGAGCUGGGCGCCUCCUGCCAGCAGGGUGUCUGCGCCUGCGCCUCGCCGCAGCUGACCACGCUCGGCUGCUGCGUCAUCGACGGCUGCAGCCGGCUCCUGGAUCGAGGCAUUAACUCCAGCGGACCGUACGUCAUGACCAUGCGGGGAAUGUCGUCUGCGUGGGUGUUCUGCGACAUGGAGACGGCUGGCGGCGGCUGGACUGUGUUCCAGCGGCGUGGCGACGACACGGAGCAGCUUGACUUCUACCGCGACUGGCAGAGCUACCGCGACGGCUUCGGCAACGUAUCCGGCCAGUUCUGGCUCGGCAACGAACUGCUCCACCGCCUCACUUAUGGCGAGCCACAGGAGCUGCGAAUCGAACUGGAGGACUUUGACGGCGACAGACGAUUCGCCCGCUACGCGUCCUUCAUCGUGGACAGCGAGGCAGACCAGUACCGAUUGCACCUGGGCAACUUCACCGGCGACGUCGGAGACUCGAUGGCGUACGCCAGCGAACAGCAAUUCAGCACCAAGGAUAGGGAUAACGACGCAUCGGCUGGUAUCGACUGCGCAAACCACUUCUUCGGCGGCUGGUGGUAUAAUGCGUGCCACUUGGCGAACCUGAAUGGUAUCUAUCUGCGUGAAAGCACGCCGCCGGCCAAUGAAGACGGCGUCAUUGUCGCGAUUGGCACGUCAUGGGAAGGCUGGAGAGGUCACUUGUAUUCCCUGAAGCGCACCGAAAUGAAGACCAGGCCGGCGCGCCUGCACUCAGCCCAGCUGGCGAUCCCAUUAACACUUCAGGGGGCUACUACACCGGAUGAUCACGCCUUAGGAGACCCGGAGAUGAGAUCAAUAAUCGUUGGCGUCAGCUAA